AUGCUGAAUACAACCUCAGUCACCGAAUUUCUCCUCUUGGGAGUGACAGACAUUCAAGAACUGCAGCCUUUUCUCUUCGUGGUUUUCCUCACCAUCUACUUCAUCAGUGUGACUGGGAAUGGAGCCGUUCUGAUGAUUGUCAUCUCCGAUCCUAGACUCCAUUCCCCUAUGUAUUUCUUCCUGGGAAACCUGUCCUACCUGGAUAUCUGUUACUCUACGGUGACACUGCAAAUGCUGCAGAACUUUCUCUCUACACACAAAGCAAUUUCUUUCUUGGGAUGCAUAAGCCAGCUUCAUUUCUUCCACUUCCUGGGCAGCACGAAGUCCAUGUUGUUGGCCGUGAUGGCAUUUGACAGCUCUGUGGCUAUCUGCAAGCCACUUCGCUACACUGUCAUCAUGAACCCUCAGCUCUGUACCCAGAUGGCCAUCACAAUCUGGGUCAUUGGUUUUUUCCAUGCCCUGCUGCACUCCAUAAUGACUUCUCGCUUGAACUUCUGUGGUUCCAACCGUAUCCAUCAUUUUCUCUGUGAUAUUAAGCCAUUGCUAAAGCUGGCCUGUGGGAACACUGAGCUUAAUCAGUGGCUACUCAGUACUGUCACGGGGACAAUUGCCAUGGGCCCCUUCUUUCUGACACUUCUCUCCUAUUUCUACAUUAUCACUUAUCUCUUCUUCAAGACCCGUUCUUGUAGCAUGCUCUGUAAAGCACUGUCCACUUGUGCCUCCCACUUCAUGGUAGUUAUUCUUUUCUAUGCACCUGUUCUCUUCACCUAUAUCCAUCCUGCGUUAGAGAGCUUCAUGGACCAGGACCGGAUUGUUGCCAUCAUGUACACUGUGGUCACUCCUGUACUAAACCCACUGAUCUAUACUUUGAGGAACAAGGAAGUGAAGGGGGCCUUGGGUAGAGUGAUCAGAAGGCUUUGA